CCGGGUGCAGCAAAACGUUUGCAGGUGACUGGAUAGCUACGCGCCGCUUGGCACUGUGACGACCUCAAAAGUACCACCAGUAGUUUCUCCCAGGCUCUUGCUUGCCAUCUACCAUAAUUAGACAAGCAUAGGCUUGCUUUCCCGCGCUUUCCCAAAGCAAAAAGGUGCUUUUCGCAGAAGAAAACCGUUUUUCUGCACCUCUUUCACGUACCCAUUGGCGAGAUCGCCGCUACUUCCGCCUGUCCUAGUUGCACUCUUCCUGUCUCUCUUGUCUCGUGCUCGCACACGGAAGCAAGAACGGUCAAGAGCAGAUAUAACAGUCUUUUCUGUAUCACCCUCUCUACGAGGUGACUCUCUGAUUUACUUCUUGUCAUUCACCGUUAACUACCGAGACCGAUUUGCCCGGUCUGCUCCAGGUCACCUCCAGCGGAAAGAGAAACUCAUGAAGUGUUGGGUCACCUACGCUGUCGUUCUGGUCGUCAGGACGAAACAUGAUUAUUCCACAUGAGUUAUGUUCCAAGCGUAAUAUAUGGAUUACUGCUAUCACUUCUAUUAACAUCGAGAGAAAAUACCACUCAGACGUUAGUACGAUCAGUACCGACUUUCGGGAAGUAACUAACUCCGGAAAUCAUUUAUAAGCCUUUAUGCGAGCUUUCUCGCGAGACUUUGAAGAUGUCGGGGGAUCAUCGCAAUGGAUCAGGAGCAAGCGAGUCCUGUACUCGCAAGAAGAUCCGUUACAUGCAAACGAAAGGACCUCCUGCGUCGGAGCAGGUGAAUUUGCGUCUAGGUUACCCUGCGCCUCUCGAGCUCCCCAUCAAAGGUCUGAGAAAGGCCACUGCUGCAAAAAUGGCAGAAGACGAUCCCGAGUUCUUCAUGUACGGCGUGCCGGAAGGAUUUCUCGAGUUCCGAGAGAGCCUCGCGUCCUUCCUAAGUGAGGAGUAUGGAUUCCCCGUGUCUUCAGACGAGUUGAUGGCCGUGAAUGGCUCCUCGGGAGCACUCGACCUGAUCUGCAAGGUGUACACCCAAGGGGGUGACGUCGUGUUUACAGAAAACCCGACUUACUUUCUUGCCUAUCCGACUUUCCGCGACUAUGACCUCAAGCCCAUUGAGGUUCCUAUGGACCAAGAUGGAGUGAACAUCGAGGCUUUCGAGGAACUCCUGCUCAAAUACAAGCCUAAACUGUUCUACACCAUUCCCGUGGCUCACAAUCCCACAGGUCGAACGACAUCGUCGGAGAAGAGAAAGCGAAUUGUGGAACUGGCAGUAAAGCAUAACUUCAAAGUCGUCGCCGACGAGGUAUACCAGCUGUUGUGCUUCGAGGGUGUCGACAUCCCUCCUCCCUUUGCCGCCUUUGACCACAACAAUGAGCACUGCGUUAUCUCCAUUGGAUCCUUCAGCAAGAUUCUCGCACCUGCCCUUCGGCUAGGAUGGCUCCAGGCGCAUCCUUCGCUGCUAAAACCGAUCCUCGCCUGUGGGAUGAUUGAGUCUGGAGGCUGCCUUAACCCACUGAUCUGCGGCUUCGUCCAGAAAACCAUUGAUAUGGGCAUCUUGAAAGAAAACGUCGUGGCUACUCGGCGCGCUCUCUUCGGAAGAUGCGACCGUCUGAGGGCCUCCCUCCGCAAAUACAUGCCCAAAGAAGCAUCGUUCGAAGAACCCAUUGGUGGAUAUUUCUUGAUUGUGAAACUCCCAGAAGGAAUCAAAUCGCUUGACCUUCUGGAGGAAGCAAACAAGAACCACAAAGUGUCAUUUUUGCCCGGAACGUCUUUCGGAAAGGGUUUUGAUGACUACAUUCGUCUUUCCUUCUCGUACUACUGUGGGGACGACCUUGAGACAGGCGUGAAGCGCAUUGCUGAUGCUCUGAAUGUUCUUAUGAAGAAACAGGGUAACGCGGCAACUGAGGAGGCAUAAGGAGAAGAUGAACUGGAAGCAAGGACCUCUCACCUUUCGAGGAACUAGCGCCUGAAAGUUCAUUGCCUCACUGUUUAGCCGCAACAUUUAGAGAAGCAGAUGCCAGUAGAGCAAUACUUGUUGAUAUGCACGUGCAUGCAUUCAAAUGUGGGUAACUACACAGCAAUAAAAAGAGAAGAGCGGAAAAUGCAACUGCCGUUUCUGGCGUAUUGCCAAUGUUGUACGCCUGUCGUCUGGCAUACACCGCUUGCGCGAGUGGGCAACAUGGUCCUCCGUGGUUGAGAGCCUAGAACACCGGACACGGCCAAGCGGUGGCGUGCAUGGAAAUCCUGAUGAUCCCCCGAUCGACCGCUGACCAGCAAGGCACUUUUCUUAUUGAGCAUCAGGGAAACGGUAGGACACAUAAGUACGUGAUUGACAACAACAAGAAGGAAAAACAAGGAGGCAAGAUAAGUCAGAAUCUGUUAACACGAGCCGUGUUGUACCUCUAGUGCUUUGGAGUGCGCAUCAGUGUUAUCUCACAGCGUAAACUGAACGGACAGUGAUUUCCGCGUCCGCUCCGAUGUACCCGACGAUAAUACGUCUUACGUAUAUUCACAGGAAAUGAGACUUCUCAGUGAAGUCAUACUCUGUGCUCAACUGUCGGUAAUGGUGACACUACCUACUCCCAGGAGAAACGGUUACCAACAAGUGGUAAACUCCCGCCAGUUUGAUAAAAAGACGAGUUUCUCGACGUAGAAAUUGGGGAGAAGGGUGCUCAUCCAUGAACGCGCACGUCUGCUUCAUCUUGUCGCCCCAACGCAUGUAUCCCCUUUCUGCCAUUCGAUUGUGAAGACUAUCAGGUGUGGC